AUGCCAAGCACGGGCCAGCCAGCUGCCGACGAACCCGGUUUAUUGGCAACAGCGUCCAUCCUGCUCAAGCACGUAGCCCCAUCCACUCAACACGAGGAAAUCGACAUCUUGGCGGACUCUCUCGGGCUGUUCAAUCACGAAUACUUCCUCAAUUGGGAUGAGCUGCCGGAUGAGGCCGAGUACAUGGGCCAGGCGAUGGAAUACUGUUUCCUGGCAGAGAUCAAACAGUCCGAUGGCUUCGGGCGGUAUCGGUGCAUCGUGGAGGACCGCGAGGGCAGCGAGUGCGUCGUGGCGUUCUACCCGGACAGCUACGAGGGCGGGGGCUUUGACUUCAAGAAGCUGAAGAGGGGCCAUACACUGGCGAUACACGGUGCUCGGCAGCACGAAUUUCUCGAUCAGACCAUGGGCGUCAGGGUCGAGAAAAUGGAGUUUGUCACCGUCGUCCCUGCCAGCCUGCAGGCACUGGAAGAAGUUGGCCCUGAGGAGGAGGAAUACUCGGUGGCCGGGGUCGAGAAACAGUGGAAGUGCCACGGCUGUGAUGCCAGCAAGCCAGUGGCUCAGAUGAGUCGCUGUGGACGGUGCUUGACUUAUGCGUACUGCAGCAAGGAAUGCCAGGCGAAAGGUUGGACUGAGAGGAAGCACAAGACCUCAUGCAAGGUGCUACGUGCGCGGCACGAUCUUAUGUAUUUUACGUCAUAUACAAGGGAGUGA